UUAAGAGUGAAGCCAAACAUAUUUUCCUACAUGGGAACUAAAGAUAAAAGGGCUAUAACAGUUCAAGAGAUCGCUGUUCUUCGAAUCACUGCACAAAGACUUGCUCAUUUGAAUAAAUGUUUGAUGAAUUUCAAAUUAGGAAAUUUCAGUUACAAGAACCAUCCACUGAAAUUAGGUGAACUGCAAGGGAACCAUUUCACUGUUGUUCUCAGAAACAUAACAGGAACUGAUGAUCAGAUAGAGCAAGCAAUGCACUCUCUCAGGGAAAUUGGAUUCAUUAAUUACUAUGGAAUGCAAAGAUUUGGAACCACAGCUGUUCCUACGUAUCAAAUUGGCAGAGCUAUUCUACAGAACAAUUGGAAUGAAGUAAUGGAUUUGAUAUUAAAACCACGGCCAGGAGCUGAAAAGGGAUACUUAGUAAAAUGCAGAGAAGAAUGGGCAAAGACUAAAGAUCCAGCAGCAGCCCUCAAGAAACUACCUGUAAAAAGGUGCGUGGAAGGACAGCUUCUACGUGGACUCUUAAAGUAUGGAAUGAAGAACAUAAUCUCUGCAUUUGGCAUAAUACCAAGAAAUAAUCGUUUAAUGUAUAUUCAUAGCUACCAGAGUUAUGUAUGGAAUAAUAUGGUGAGCAAGAGAAUAGAAGAAUAUGGGCUUAGAGCUGUACCAGGAGAUCUCAUACUUAAAGGAGCCACAGCUGUUCAUAUCGAAGAAGAAGACGUUGAUAACUACACUAUCCAUGAUGUAGUGAUGCCGUUGCCUGGGUUUGAUGUUAUUUAUCCAAAGCAUAAAAGUAAGUCUGACUGUUAA